AAAAUAAAAUAAAAUCUGUGUGAUGCAUAGUAAUCAUGAUGUGAUAGGUUGUUUCUUAAAUAACAGGUACUCCCCAAACAUCCUCAUAUAAUUCAACAUCUCUUAUCCUGUUCCAACACUGCACAAAGAUUCCAUUUUUUUCACCCUUCAAAAUCUCACAAUAUUUUGAUGUAACAAAAAAAAAACAUAACAAAACACAAAACAAAACAAGGUUUUGCUGUUGUCAACUUUUUCCAUCACACCCUUUUCAAAAACACUACUGCUUAAUUUGUUUCCAUGGCUGAAGAUUCCAAUUCAAACCUUAGAAUCAGCAUAGAAAGCAAUCCUACAGAGUCACGCCUAGCUGAAUUGAACAUCAAGUGCUGGCCCAAAUGGGGGUGUUCUCCAGGGAAAUAUCAGUUAAAAUUUGAUGCAGAAGAGACAUGCUAUUUGUUGAAAGGAAAGGUAAAAGCAUACACAAAAGGGUCAUCAGAUUUUGUAGAGUUUGGUGCUGGAGAUCUUGUGACAAUUCCUAAAGGACUGAGUUGUACUUGGGAUGUUUCUGUUGCUGUGGAUAAGUACUACAAAUUUGAGGCUUCAUCUUCUUCAACAUACUAAUUAAUUAACUUCUUAAUCAGUGUCAUAAUCAUAAUUGUUAUGAUUAAUUUAGAUGUAGAAGCUUUUUUCAUUUAUGGAAUUUAUAUUCUUUUCUUUCACAAUUUUGCCUAUUAUGUGGAAGACUUGGGUGGUUGGUUUUUUGUUAUGUGGGGAAAGUGGCAGUUUUAGUCAAAGGAGGAACCAAUCAGUCAAAUGAAUGAAUGUUCUGUUCAAACCAAAGUGUUCAAUAUAUUCAUAUUUUAAAUACAA